AUGGGUACCGUCAGCAAUCGCAAUCUCUUCGCACCUUCACAAGGACCUCCAGUUGAUAGUUCACAGUGUCCUCAAUGCGGCAGUUCCUUUGUUGUAGCGGGUCCUCUCUGGGCAGAUGAACUUCACAAUCAAGAGUUCAUUCAAGGUCUCCUUGAAUCAAUGAAACAACUCAAGAUGUCGGAAAAUAUGGGCGCACACGUCUUUCAUUCACUGCGCCUUUCAGAAAAAAAACAUCAUUUUCUACUGAGGACAGUAGAGAGCAAACGCCUUGAUCAAGUCAAAGGUCACGAGGUUGAAACCCCAUAA